AUGGCUUCGCCCUACAGCUGGGCAGUCGUCAAUGCCAUGCGAAAGCUGUACCCAGAAGCACUGGCCGACAAGAGCUUCGAUAACACUGGCUUACUCCUCGAAUCGCCCUUCGAUCCCAUCCGCCGACAGAUGAACUCUGUACUACUCACAGUCGAUCUUACGAAAGCCGUCGCAGACGAAGCCAUUGAGCGACAAGACUCCAUCAUCAUCGCAUAUCAUCCCAUCAUCUUCAGAGGACUCAAGAGCUUGACAUUGGGCGACACUCAACAACAGACCCUACUUCGACUAGCAGCCGAAGGCAUUAGCGUCUACAGUCCACACACAGCAGUUGAUUGCGCUCGUGGGGGUCUUGGAGAUUGGCUUGCGGACAUUGUCACUGGCACUCCUACUGGACUGUCAGAUAUCGAGGAUGAAGGCGAUGCCUCGCCCCAGAAGUCACCAACGAAGGAACAGCCGCCAGCGAUCGAUGGAGAGGAAAAGCCUUCGUCCCUGAAGCGGCCCACUUACACACUGCAGCACCACCCAUCUCAACUUGACCUGAACGAUCGCGCAUUGAAAAUGGGCGACUCUGGACAUAAGCGCUACCCGAUCGUGAAGUCUCAAGUAGAAGGCCAUGCCGGCGCAGGCAUGGGCCGCAUCAUUCGUUUCGCAGAACCCGUGCCUCUUCUCGAAAUCAUCGAUCGCAUAGGUCUAGGAAUGGGUAGCCCCAAAGGCUUUGCCCUUGCUGUCCCACAAGGCAAGCAGGCCUCAGACAUGACGAUCAGCAGCAUUGCACUGUGCGCAGGUUCCGGAGAUAGCCUCUUCUCGCAAGCAGAGAAGAACGGCGAAGACGUCGAUCUCUAUUUCACGGGCGAAUUGUCGCAUCACGAAGCGCUUGCGGCUAUUGAGAAGGGGAAGUGCGUUGUCAUGCUGUUCCAUUCGAAUACGGAGAGAGGGUUCCUGCACAGUGUGCUGAAGGUACAGCUGGAGAAGGCUGUGGGUGAAGAGUGGGAGAAGAUUCGCAAUGAGGAGCGCGGCAAGGGAAAUCUCAGUGAAGAUUACUUGGAAGUGCUGAAUGAUUCGAGCAGCGAGAUUCAUGUCAGCGAGGUUGAUCGUGAUCCUUAUGGUAUCAUGAUUUCGAAGGACGAGAUUUGA